CAGCUGCGCACAGGACUGGUCCGGCUUCGCUUUCCCGUCGCCGCUCCUUCAGUCGCUCGCAGCUCUCCGUCCGUCCGCCCCGCUGCGACGAGAACGCGAGUGGCUGCGAGGAAAACCGAACACUUGAGAUUUUCGUAAUUGCUCUUUUCUUAUUUUGUAACGCGGGGCGUCGAGCGCGUCGAGGAAGUACAGUUGAUGGAGCCGGCUUCUUCAAUGGAUAUUUCCCCCGAGGUUUCCAGCGCUCAAAUCAGCGGCGGAGAGGAGGACGGGAGCCAAUCAGCCGUGGCGAAUCAAAGAUAAAAAAAAGAAAAGGCCUUAUGAUAAAGCAAAACUCUCAGGAAAGCCCAGGCUGCCCGCAGGCCCACUGAACUAUCAUGCUAGCCUGUAUCCAGAGACAGCAGAACUUCUCAUCGCAGCAUUUGGCCUGCACACCCAAAAGCUUCGAUGUUUCGCCCUCAUCCCUUUUGCUCCCGGUGCCACCGCUGCAAGCAUGCACUCGGAAAGGAGAGCCCGGCUCCAUGAUUUCUCGGUACCCGUCUCCUGCAGAGUUGGACGCUUUCGCCCAGAAAACCGCCAACAGCCCACUCACCAUCAAAAUCUUUCCAUCCGAUGUCCGGGUGCCACAACACAAGCAGCUCAGCAAAACUGUGAAUGGCUUGGACACCACGGGUCAACGAUAUAGCCCCUACUCCCACACACACGCGGGAGGCCACCAGGGCUUGCUGGCCGUCGUCAAAGCCUCUGUGGCGGUAAAAGGUGUUCUGAAAAGCUCUGAGGGCAGGAGGACUAAACAUAUGAACUCUCAGACGUCCGUGGCACCAUACAAUAAUCCUCUGAAUAGUAGCUGCACAGUCAGACACCGGCACGAGGCCUAUAACACAAGUUCAUGUAAGCCCGCCGACGUACCCAUUGAAGCACUUUGUUCUACCGCAGGAAUGGCCUCCAGAGAUCAGAGCCUGGCCCCCCAGCCGGAGCUGGCAGAGGUUCAAAGCCUGAUGAGGCGGAUGAGCAGAGUUCCCCACAGCCAGGCCCCGCAGCUGGGGGGAGAGGCUCGAGCCAGCCCCUCGCUGCAGGCCGUGGCUGCUGUGGCACACUCGGAAUCCGACUUUGUCUUCGGAGUGCCGCCCCAGAGCAGCCGGGCCUUCGCCGGCGCGGUGCUGCCCACGCAGAGCGCCGACAUGGCCAAAACCGGAUACCUGGAGAGGGAAGACUACGCGGCGUGGCAGCACAAAGCUCAAAUGCAGCCCUAUCUGCAGGAAGCAGUGGGGAUGUACGGCGUGAGCAGCGGCACCCGGAGCUGCAGAACGGCGGAGGCUGGGGUCGGCUCUCCUGAAAGCCGCCUCCCUUUACCAUGCUCCUCGCAGCCGCCGUACAGGCAGCACCUCGGAAAUGUCGGCGCCGCCGUGACGAAGGAGCAGACUGUCAAACAGUACUUCGCUCCACUCUGGGACAACUCGAGCAGCGACGGUUAUUCCUCUCAGGUGAUGGGACCGAACUCAUGCGCGUCCGGGCCUAGACACGCGGGGGUCUCCCAUCCUCAUCUCCACCUAAGCGGACAUCAGCCAAAUCAGCCGCAGCUCCAUCCGCCCGUUCCUCCCCAUCAUUUUAACCAACGCUGCCAUCAUCUUCACCAUCACAGCCAGGCCUACAGCGCAGAGCAAAACCUCUCCUGCGGGCUGCCCACGUUCAGCCUGUGCCACGCCAGGGUCCUCAGCAGCAGCCUGCAGUCUCUGGAGUGCCUCAUCAGUGAGAUCCAGCCCCCCUGCAUCAAAGAGCGCAUGCUGGGCCGUGGGUACGAAGCCAUUGGGGGGAUGCCUCCACUACUAGAGCACCAACAGCACAUGCAGCUCCCCGUCUACAGAUGAGGCGACGCUCUGGGACGCACGACUUCGAACGUUCAUGAAAUAAACAAGCCUUUUUAGUUUGUGCAUGUAUUUAUGGGAGGCUGUGCGUUGUACACUUGGAAUAGGGGCUUAAUAAUAAUCAGGCCUCGAAGUGCAGGUUUACGCUACAGAUUGUUUUAAUUUUGACUGCUGUUGUCAACUUAACACUAAAGCUGAGCACUUGACCGCGCUUGGAUUUGACCAGUAAUCAUAGAUUUUUGUAUUCACUGUUAUCAGCCUUUAUAAAAAUGGGAGCGGAUGGAAAAACAAUCAGGGGUACCAAACAAAAAGGAUGUAAUUCCAGGAUCUCUGAAAGAUUCUCAUCAGGCAGUUUUUAUCUAAAAUGGUUUCUCGUUAGAGUUGAACUAUUGUUAAACCUUUGGGAACCGCUUGACUUUAAACCAUUCUUUUUCAAUAUGGAUUAGCUCUCAAACGUUUAUGGGGAAAUAUUGCUUAUCAGCAUGGUAUAUUGUUAUUUCAUCAAGUUAUUGACAAGUUUUUUUUUAACACAUUUAAUGUUUUAAGUCUCAGCUUGGUUUAUUGGGACUGUUGUAUAAUUUCAAAUCAACACUGUUGCAUUCAGGCCAAGCAAGAUGCACUCUCUCUCUCUGUAUUUUUUUUUAUAUUUUUGAAAAGGCAAAUCUGUUGAAUUAACUUUUUUUUUCUUUCCCCUGAAGAAUGUGCGACUGUUACCGAUAAUGAAAAGCAGUAUUUGAGAGCAGGAUGCCUGAAUCCUUUACUGCUUUCUUCUUUGCAGGGCUAUAGUAUCUCUGAUGGUUUAAAAUGUAUGAGUGAGUAGUACUUCAUAUAUCUACAAUGAUUCUGUGAGACUAUUUAUUUCUGUCAGCUUGGUGGGUUAUAUGGCAAAACUGUCUCUAUAAUUAUAAAGUGCAAUUAUUAUAUAUGAACACGUGAGUUAUCUCCAUAAAUUAAGUUGACGAAAUAACUACUUUUUGAAAUGUAUGGCCCUAAUCAAACAUCCUUUUCUGUCUCUUCUUAAUAAGGAUUGUCAAGUAAAUAAAUUUUUUUUAAAACCCCAA